AUUUCACAUUUACUUAGGCUCAUUCACCGGACUCUCAAAACAAAGUGUGCUAAACUCCAAGAGAAAAAAAAUACAUAGAGAGAACAGAACGAACAAUAAGAAAACGACGAAAAGUGUUUCAAUCUGUUCCAUAAUUUGUCUAGUAACACCAUUCGUUUGUGCAACAAAAUUAUUUGAAGAUGUCUUAUCAAUUAUAUCGAAAUACAACAUUGGGAAAUACGUUGCAAGAGAGUUUGGACGAAUUGAUUCAGUUUGGACAAAUUACACCACAAUUGGCGCUCAAAGUCCUAUUGCAAUUCGACAAAUCAAUAAAUACAGCACUGAAUACAAAGGUUAAAGCACGUGUCACAUUUAAAGCGUCCAAAUUGAACACGUACCGAUUUUGUGAUAAUGUUUGGACAUUGAUGCUGAACGAUGUUGAAUUCCGGGAGGUGCACGAAUUUGCUCGCGUUGACAAAGUGAAAAUUGUGGCGUGCGACGGUAAAAGCGAAUAAACAACACACAAACACCGAUUCUUUUGAUCAUGAUGAAAAUGAUAACACCAAUGACGACAAAAACACACCAUUCUAUCUUUAACAACAAAAAAAAAAAGACAUUUGAUAUCGAAAUAUUCAACUCGCAAACAUUUUGGUGACAACGAAAUAUUACAACAAAAUAUCUUCACUUCGCACAUCUUUUCGAUGCUAUCAAAAAGGCCAAUUAGAGCAAUUAACACCAGCAAAUUUACGAGUUGUAAAUAAAUGAAAGAUGAAAUACCAUAUACGCAUUCAAAACUUAAAUUAAAACAACACAAUUUAAAUGAAAAAAAAAAAAAUUACAAAGAAAAGAAUCAAACAUACAUACACAUUACAUACAAAACAAAAAUCAAUCACGAAUUCAUAAUUAACAUUUUAAUCAAUGAUAGAGCUCUUUAAUUUAAGUACACUAGUAAGAAUGACACUGUUUUUAUUCUUUUAUCUUGCUCAUGUCAAAUUUCGAUCGUUCGUCUGCCGGUUGCGUAGGAGUUCAACUAAUGUAAAUUAAAUUCAAAUGAAUUUUAUCUUAAAACAGUGAAACAGACACGAAAACAUUUAUAAAUUACAAAUACAAUUGGAAAAAAUAUUGAAUCAGUAAAAUAUACCUCAUCUGAUAAGACCUAAAGUCUACAAUUGCUGAGAGAUGGUUGUUUUUUUAAACUGAUUUAAUUACAUUAUACAUGGUUGGAGUUUAGCAAUUAACUUUAAGCGAAAUAAAGAUGAAAAAAGUAUUGACUAAAAAACAAA